AUGGGGGGCUCGGGCAGCCGCCUGUCUAAGGAGCUGCUGAUCGAGUACCAGGACUUGACGUUUCUGACCAAGCAAGAGAUUCUCCUAGCCCACAAGAGAUUUUGUGAGCUGCUUUCCCCGGAGCAUCGGAGCACAGAGGAGUCACUGCAGGCACGCGUGUCUAUUCAACAGAUCCUCAGCAUUCCAGAACUCAAGGCCAACCCAUUCAAGGAGCGGAUCUGUAGGGUCUUCUCCACAUCCCCAACCAGAGACAGCAUGAGUUUUGAGGACUUCCUGGACUUCCUCAGUGUGUUCAGCGACACAGCAACCCCAGAAAUCAAGUCCCACUAUGCCUUCCGCAUCUUUGACUUUGAUGACGAUGGGACUUUGAACAGAGAGGACCUGAGUCAGCUUGUGAACUGCCUCACGGGAGAAGGAGAAGACACACGGCUUAGUGCCUCAGAGAUGAAGCAGCUAAUUGACAAUAUUCUGGAAGAGUCUGACAUUGAUAGGGAUGGGACCAUCAAUCUCUCCGAGUUCCAGCAUGUCAUCUCCCGUUCACCGGACUUUGCCAGCUCCUUUAAGAUUGUCCUGUGA